GGUUAUAUAAAAAAACGCAGAAAACACAGGGUUAAAAACUCUGUAAUAUUUUAUCUUUUUCCAAUUUUAUUUUAUUUUUUUUUUUAAAAAAGUUUAUACUUUGGUAGGAGUACUAGAUUAGAUUAUGGGUUCGGUACUGAGCCUUCAUCUCUCUCCUCCACCUUAAUUCUUUCGACAAAAUUUGUUUUACUAUAAUAAAGCAAAUCGAGGUGGUUUUGUGUGCUGUGAAGGAAGAUGAGUUUUCAGUUUGGCAGAAGGUGCCAAAGAGGGAGGAAGAAGAACCAACCGAAUUAUUGCAUGACCGUGAUGGUGAGGAUGGAUCCACUGCAUCGGAGGCUCAAACAGACUCGCCUUCAUCUCUCCCAAAUGAGGCUCACCGGAAAGUGACAUGUGAAGAUAUUAAAUUUGUCCAAGCUCUGAUUGAAAGGUGUCUGCAUUUGUACAUGACUGAAGAUGAAGUGGUAACCAUGCUUGUAAAUCAAUUCAAAUUAGAAAAACGUUUUAUAAAUCUUGUGUGGCAGAGAUUGGAAGAAGAAAAUCCCGAUUUUUUUAGUGCUUAUAAUGUAAGGCUGACUUUGAAGAAGCAGAUCAUAUUAUUUAAUCAACUGAUGGAGAAGCAGUUCCACUUGACAAAGAACAGAGAUUUCGAUAAUUCAAAGCAGCCUUCUUCACAAAAUGGUCAUAGUCACAUGCUAGUAAACUCGUCCUUUGGAUAUCUUCCCCAACAGCCUUAUUUUCCAUCUACUGGUGCUACAGAUAUGGAUUCCUUGCCGUAUGGGUCUCCAUAUCAUGUGGUAGACGGAGUUCCUGCAGCAGGCAACUUCAAUUUCAUUCAACAGAAUGGGUGUUUGUUGAGCAGAGAGGCUGCUAGUGGCAACCAUGAGAUGCAUAUAGAAUCCUAUGAUCAAGUCUCAUAUGAACCGCAUGAGUUUCAGAGAUCGAGUGGUCAAUCAAUGGCAUUUGGUGCAAGUUUUCGGUCCAAUAUGUGCAACAUAGAAGGGUUCCAACCUGCUCUGGAUGGUGGCGGUGGAAUUUCUUUUGAUAAUCUUGUUUCACACCAUAAUCUAACAACCAGUUUGACCAAUAUAGGAGAUCUUGCAGCAUUCCAGUGCAACCAAAGUUCCCUAUUCCCAAAUUCUGAAAUAGUAGAUAUCGUGGGCGGGUCUCCUGAUGAAUGUGACAUAGCUGAUUACUUCAUUGCCGAUGAAGUUCCCUAUCCAGAACCCCUGUUUGAAAUUGACAAAGGUAAAUCAUAGCUGGGUGUACUGGGUGAUGAUAACUGUACUGACCUCGUGAUUGCAAAUUGCAUAGGACUGGUAUAAAAGUAAGAGAUAUUGACACCAGAAAUCUGAAUUGAGGAAGUGAGCUGUCAAAUAGAUAAUCAACUCAUUGUUGAAGAAGCUGAUUAACUGAUGGGCGUUUACACAGUUUUGGAUACUAUCUAUACUUAACUUCAUAGAGCGAAGCUCUCAUUCUUUGACAUGCGAGUUAAUUUUAUCUGCUUGGAUAAUAUGCUUGCUGUGUUCUUGGCUUUGCUUUUGUUUGAGGGGGCUGGGAUGUCGAAUGGUUUUCUACUCUUUUGUAUUUUGGAAGUGGUGAUAUGGGCUCGAUUGUGUCUUUAAUGCGUAGUAAUUUUUCAUUGCCGAAAUCAAGUCAGCCAGGUGAACUUUGAGAAGUUCAGUCAUCUAUGACCUAUUUGUCCAGGAUACAAGAAGAAACCUGAAACAGAUUCAGGGGAACUGUUACACGGAUAGGGUGUAAUUUAUACUGAUACUAAGACUUGUGAUACAUGUCAGAAUUUUAUUUUUGCUGUGCAAUGUAUACCUAAGUGGAAAAUGACACGUUACUCUUACAAUGAAAAUUUUCCCGCCUAAUUGCAAAAUACUUAGAACAACUAAUUGUUUAUCUAUUGUUAGUUUGUUACUCUUUAUAAUCAAGGCUGGGUUUUGUUUAUCUAUUUA